AUGGGGAAAUACAUUCGAAAACCUAAAACUUCUGGUGACCUCUCCGUUAAGGAUGUCUCUCAAUCCUAUCUCGGUGUUCGCACCCGGGCCAAAACCCUAGCUCUGCAGCGCCUCCAGUCGUCCUCCGCCUCCGCCGCCGACGCUUCCCAUGCCUCGCCGCCGCCUCCAAAGCCUGAUUACCUCGAGCUGCGCUCCAGGCGCCUUGAGAAACCCCCUCUCCGGAAGAAUUUUCCCAAUUCCCCAAAAAACCCUGCUGCUACAGAAAAACCCCAAUUCGAGAAUUCGGCCGAGAAACCUUCGCCGGAACCGGCUGUCCUUCCAAUUGAACCGGCAGGGGAAGACGAUGGGCGCUUUGAAAGGCUCAACGGCGGUGGUUCGGAAAUUGGGGAUUCUGAAAUUCAGGCGUCUUUAGGAGAAAACAAUUUGGAUUUGGAAGCCAGGGAAAGCAGGGGCACAAGAGAAAGCACCCCGUGCAGUUUUAUCAGGCCCGGCGACAGCAUUUCGACACCUGGAUCUUCUACUAGGCCCAGAAGUCCCAGUUCAAGGGCCCAAAGCGCGCGUGGAGAAAUUCCUACUGCUCGUGAGCUGGAGGAGUUUUUCGCCCAAGCAGAGCAGUCACAUCAGCGCCGUUUCAUGGAGAAGUAUAAUUUCGAUAUCGUGAACGAUGUGCCCCUCCCUGGACGUUACGAGUGGGUUAAAGUGUUGCCCUGA